AUGGAGAGUAUGCUAGAGGCAAAAUUACCAGGUUCUAACUUGAAGGCAUCACCUCAUAUUAAAUCACGUAUUAAGACUUUGAAGGGAAAGUAUUCUUAUUUAGCAGAAUUGUUAUUAUUAAGUGGUUUCAAUUGGGAUGAAGCACAUAGUACGUUAGUGUGUGAGAAAAGUGUAUUUGAUGAGUACGUGAAGAAACGAAAAGAUGCAAGUGGUUUAUAUAGAAAAUCAUUCCCUUAUUACCACAAGCUAGCAAAAAUAUAUGGACGAGAUCGUGCUACUAGGACAAAUGUUGGUAAUGCAGAUGAUGAUGAAAAAAAAAUACGCCAUGAUGAUGCAACUGGUGUGGAAUUUAAAGUUGAUGAUAACAUAAAUGAUGGUGGAGAUGAUGAAGAAAUAGAUGAGUUUGAUGGUAUCUCAAAUACUCAACAACCAACUAAUAUGCGUCGACGUAGAUCGACUGAGAGUACUACCAAUAAUCAAACGUCUGGUAAGAAUAAAAAAUCUAAGAUUAUCGAUAGUAUUUCCACAAAUAUUGGUGCAUUGGCAGAAUCUGUAUCUAAAAUUAUCCCGAAGCUUCAAGGAUUGACAGAUGUAUUAUCAGAUAAGAAUGUAACUGAGAUGCAAGACAAUUUAUACACAAAAAUAAGCAAGAUCGAAAGUCUUACUAAUAUGCAGUGUAUUCGAGCAACCAACUGGUUAAAGAACCUGCAUUGA